CUUAGUCUUUUCUGCACAGAGCUUUUGUUGUAUACUUUUCAGCUAUAAUAGUGAUGUCCAUGUGCUGCUCCUAGAACUCAGUACAUCUUUUGUACUAUUAUGGAAUAGAUUACGUUGGCUAAUGGUGCAGAUUUGCCAAAAUGGUUGGAGUUCAAUCCUCACACAAGUACACUGCAAGGACUGCCAAUGAACGAGGAGAAUGGAGAAUACCACCUGAACAUAGCCGCCCAGGAAGAUGGGUGUGUUCAGAAAACACCAAGAGCCAAUGUAAAUUUCACCCUUCACGUUCAGGACAGCAUUCUGAUCCCAGAAAAGAAGACUGGCUUAAGUCACAUGCCCAAGGGCAAUAUUUUCAGUUCUGAACGAUGUAGGAGGGACAGCUCUCUCACCUCUGCCGAGAUCAUCAUCCACGCUGCAGCUGAAUCGCUGGACGUUCAACAACGCCUCUUCCUGGUAUGCACCAUGGCAGAGUAUCUCCAUCUGGAUCCCACCUCGUUGGCCCUAAAUCCAUAUCAGGGUUCGAUACACAGAAGCAGGAGGAACCUAACAAUACUGGCUGAAGAUAUUAGACACAUCAGCUUCAUGGAAAGCCAUUACACAGGACUCUAUUGGCCCGUUGGAUGUGGAGUUUUUGCAAUGCUCUAUGAAUUAAUUCAAGUUCUAAGACACAAUGUUGAUUCACACCAUCUCUCACACCUCUUAGGAUAUGAAAUUGCAGGCUGGAGAAUAAUUAAAAGAGAAGGAUUUGAAAGAAAACGUUCAGGAAGACAACGCAGACAGUUAAUGGUUACACCAACACCUACACUGAAAAUGACUGAAACCAUGGCGAAGCCAACCGGGGAAGAUGUCUUCACUACUUUGCCACCAAAUUCACUUGUUUACUUACACAGAAAGACUGCGGUAUCACCUGUUCAGACUUGGUUUUCUUUCCACAAAGCAAGCACAGCUGUCACCAGUUACACGGAUCUCAUUCCACUUUUGGUAACAAGCCAAGGGAGUUUAGGGGCCUUAGAAAUGGACCCAUCACAGAACUUUCAGAGUAAAAGACCAAUGUCUAGUACUAUUUUUCAAGAUCUCUCUGCUUUUGCUUUUCCUGAACUUUCACCUUCUUUGAUCAUUACAGCAACCGCUCUGUCAACAGAAUUUAAGGGGCUGCAGAAUACAGUUUCCAGUAUGCCACUCUUAUUAGAGCAACCACAAUCUCACAUGCAAGAGUUGGAUGCAUUUUUGCAGUCUGGCAAAUCAGAGCCAUCAAGGCACCAUUUUCCAUCAGUCCUUUCUUUUGACAUCGCUGAGCCAACUGGUAAAGGCCAGUUUUCAAGACCCAUUUACACUUUAGUGACAGACACACAUUACGAAUGGCCUCUAAUCUCUCCAGAAGUAUCUCUUGUUAAGACAGCACCUCAAACACAUUUUCCAGAAGAAAUAUUAAUGACAUCGGUUUAUAGCUGUCAGGAGGACAGCAUCUCGGGUUAUGCCCAUUUUCCUGAAUUUGGAAUACCAUCUAGUGCAACCAUCUCUCCAGAAAAGCUGCCUUCAACGUUCAUAUCAACUUCAGUACAACUGACUACGUUAUUUGGUUUUAUACCUCCUACUGAUGACAUGUUUCUAGUUUUGUCAGGUGGUAGCCAUCUGAGUCAGGAGCUAUUUAAUGGCUAUGAAUACAUGUCUAAUUCUUUUAUGACUAUCCCACAGACGGACAGAUUUCCAUUUUCUGAAGGAAAAACCUCAGUUCCUUCUAUAAUCCACAUGGACACAUUGAUUUGGGAUAGAGAAUCCAACUCAAGCCAUGUUACCUCAAUAUUGGGUUCUUCUAUUUUAAGUAGCACUUUCCCCAGUGAUGCUGGAACUUCUCAUGAAACAGGUCUGACAGCUCAGUCCUAUCCUAGUAAUGCUCCACUGCUUACUCUGCCUACAGAUUUUGCUGGCUUUGACAGCUCUGAGCUGUCCAGACCAACAAAGAUGUUUACUUCUUAUGACAGCAGCAAGCUCAGAACACAAAAUCAUUUUCCAAGUGUUUUACCUAGUGGCACAAAGGAUUUAAAUUCAGACAAAUCUCUUGGAACCAGAAUGCCUUUGCCAACCGUCACAAUGUUUACGCUGGAGUUGACUGAAAUGUCAAACAUCCCAUCCUACACUGCAGAAAUAUCUGCGAGAACUAUAUUUAAUGCCACUUCUCAUCUCUACAACAAUGCACAAGAGCUGGUACAGAUGUCAUCUUCAUUGGUCUACCAAGAUACAACCAGCUUGCCAUUCCCCACAUAUGAAUCACUGCAAUCUACAAAAGUUGCAUGGGUUCAUCCUCUGUUUUCUGUGUCACAGGUGUCUCAGGACAUAACUCCAGGUAAUAUACACAAUUACUUUGAAAAGCACAAGCAUAACAAACUUCAGUCUCUCCCAAAUGCAGAGUGGCUCCUCCCUUCUAAUGUCAGCCAUAGUCAGAAGUUGGAAUGUAUUUUUCUAAUCUUGCAAGAUCCCUCUGCCUCUCUGCACUUUCCAGAAUUCAGAAAUCUCCUUCCUACUUCUUCAUGCUCCAUCAUGGAAUUUAAAAUCUCUUGCCCCUCUGAUCUAAUCUCUGACUCUCCCCACGCAGGGUCUCCUCCACCUGAAGAUGGCAACUCAACUCAGUUGACCCUUGGAAUAAACCCAGUCGACGGCUCACCAUCAGGGCCAGAAAGCUGGCUUCAGUUUAAUGCGUCUCACCAAGCCAUGUAUGGCUAUCCACUCAGUACUGAUUUUCAGUAUUCACCUCAGGAGUUUGUACUAUCUGCCACAGAUUCAGGGGGUCUGACUGUUUGGGAACCUCUCAUCAUUGAGCUUUUGAAGCCCACCAGCAUUCCAUGCCAUAUUUAUACCAUCAGAACGAAAAAUAGUUACUGCUCAUUCCUGAGACAGAGAGAAAGGGUUGGUUUAUUCCUUGACAAGCUUUCUAAAUAUCUAAACUCCAGCAGUCUCAAGAGCAUCACACUGACUGCCCUCAGACCUGGGUCCACUGUAAUCUCAUGGUACAACAGGUCUCUGUGUACAAGCACCAACAGAUCACUGAGCUGGUGCUCAAGAGAUGAAAUCCAGGAAGUGCUGAAUAAACUAAGAGUACCUGAUGGGAAUGUCAGCCCACACUUUGCUGAGGCAAUGUUGCCAGAAUACAAAAUUGACAUAGUUGAGAAGGUUUCAUAUGGAGGAAUCUGCUUGCCCACUACAAAGCCAUUUAAUGGAUCCUUGACUUUAAACAGUACCUUCCCUACAUAUAACGAAGAGAGCAAUUCCCGGAUUAGAAAUAUCUUGCUAAUUAGCUUAUGUGCAACCAUCAUGGUGGCUCUGAUACUUGUUGCCCACCGUUGUUAUAAAUAUCACAAGAAGAUUCUUGAAUCACGGUCUAUGACUUUUCAGGGAAGAGCCUCAUUUGACUAUAUUGACCUGGAAAUGGACAUGCUGAAACCCCGCAAAGUGCCUGUACUUCAACGGGAGGUUCCACCCGCGCUGCAUUUAUGGAUCCCCGUGCCACCUUCUUCCCAAGAGCAACCUUGCAGGCCCAAUGUAACUUCUGUUGCCUCAAGACUGCCUCAGUCUCUACCACCUUUCCAGCCUCCAAAAUAUCAACUCCCACCUCAUUAUAAAGUAGAUAUUACUAGCUGCAGUGACCAAGGCAAUAUUCACAGAAGAGAUUACCCUAAAUCUGGAUUAUACUAA